AUUGCAAAAAUUUGAUCUUAGGGUAAUAUUGUGUAAAAUAAUAUAUAUAUAAAAAGGUUAUCUUUUAUUUUCGCUAAAAAAUGUUAAUCGGAAUAUGCAAUUUGAUAUAAAAUUUAUAUUUCUUUUAUCACAUGAGUCGCGUUUCUACUAUAAAAGUAUAAUUAUAACCCUUUUCGUUUCCAUUUUGAACAUCAGGGUGGCUAGCAUAACGAAAUUUUUUUGUGUAGAUUGGUAAGAUAUUCCUGACUAAAUUCUUUUUCUAUGAAGUGUGGUUUAUUUUUCUUUGGUUAUAUACUCUUGACGCCUUUAGAAAUAGUCUCUAAUUUGUGAGUCUUUUUGAUUCGUGUUUGCCUCUGUUUUUGUCUGAUGAGUUAACUUCCAUAUGUAAAUAACAUUUUAAAUGCUACUAUGAUUUAUUCUGGUUUAGUUAUAAAAAUUUUUAAUGUUUCUAAACUUUCUAUUGGAAAGAAUAAUUUCUGCAGUUUAUCUUCUUGUUAUUCUAAUAAAGUUUCUACAAAAACAGUUAGUCCUGUAAUAAAUAGUUCAAGUGAGGAUUUAUCUAAUGUUAUUCCACACCUUCCAAAUACAUUUAAUUUAGCAGCAUAUGUUAAUCAGUCUGAAGUAUUAAAAAAAUUACUUUAUCUUAAUGUCAAUUUGAAUAAAAUAGAAAAGAAACCACAUGUUGCUGAAAAAAUUAUGAAAUUAAAUUUUGAUGAUAUAAAAGAUCACAUACUAUUCAUCAAAGAUUAUGUUAAGACUGAUAAUAUUGGCAAGUUUUUUACUAUUAAUCCAAUGAUCUUCUAUGAAUCUCUAGAAGACUUAAAAAUAAGAGUGAAUUAUUUACAAUCAAAACGUUUCACUCAUGAUCAAAUAGAACAAAUAAUAUCGAAAAAUGCUUUUUGGCUUAUGUUUAGUACAAUUAGAAUAGACAGAAGGUUGGGAUUCUAUCAAGACAAAUUUAAUUUAAUUGGCAAUGAAAUCAGAUUUUUAGCUACAAAACAACCAAAGCUCAUUACAUACAAUCUUCAACAUGUCAUGACGAACACAUUUGUCAUCAAAGAAGAGAUGGGAUUUGAGGAUCAUGAAAUGAAGCAGUUGAUUUUAGAAAAACCAAAGUUGUGGAUGCUAAAAACCUUUUUUAAGGGGCGUACGGCGCUUUGUGUCUUGCCUCGCACUGAAGCUAGCAAGUUGGUGGUAGAAGACUGGUGCGGGCAGGGGUGGAGGGAGACAGCGGUGGUAAGAGACAAUGAUGUUGUCGGAGAUGAGUGGCUGUUUCUUGUGUAAUUAUCAUUGACUGUGAAAGACUCGAUUUUCAGAUGAAGUGGGAAUAAUCGUCGGAAGUUCGUUAAAUGGCCGUUGUGCAUGUAUAUAUACAUUAUAAUAAAAAUAAACAUAAAAAUAAUAUAAAAUUGUAAGAAGACAAUAUCUCUACAUACAUAUAAUAUCUUUCGUAAGAAAAAAUAAUAUGAGGGGUAUAAGAGCUAAACAAUUUGUAGAAAUUUUAUUUCUGGCUUCAAACAAAAACUAUUACAGCUAAUUGAGUAGGAUUUCUACAGUUGUGUUUAUGAAGCUUUAACUUAAAAUUUGGUAUAAAGUACAAAGAAUAAAGACGUACUAUGAAAAAAUUAGGGGAAAGCCUGAUUUUUGAAUGAACCUUCCUUUUGCGGAUCUAAGUAAGUCUCAAAAGUCCCCGUUGAUCCGUGUGCCUCUAAAAAUGUUACUCGGGGUCAAAGAUCACAAAAAACAGUUUUUCGCGAAUAUCUCGUUAACAAUCACAGUUAUAGAAAAAAUAGUGGUUAAUAAAUUAUAGUUUAUGAAAUUACCUUAAAAAAACAUCAUUACUUUUUUCCGUAAAACUAAUAAUUUUCGAGAAAAUUUGAUAUAAAAAGUUAUAUCGUGCAACAUGCACUCCUCAGUAGUAUAUAUGGACCAUAUAUUGCAAUUGAGGAAUCCGAUAGAAGAACAAGUAUUGUUGUAGGUGAAGACGUAGAUUUAUUAGUAAUAUGUGUUGCACGAAAGCCUAGUGAUAAAAUAAUUUAUUUUUUAAAACCUGGUAAAGCUAAAAUUCAAACAACUUAUCUCCACAAAGCUUAAACUUAUAUCCUGAUUGUAAAAAACAUAUUUUAUUUUUACAUGCAAUGAUCGGUUGCGAUAGUAGAUCAGCUAUUUUUCACAGGGCCAUAAUGUCUUUCAAUUAUUUGAGAAGAAUUAAGCAAUUACGCCAAUGCUUUUACUACAACAAAAUGUUCUCCCGACAUAAUUUCUAAUAAUGGUAUCCGUUUUCUUCUGGCUAUGUAUAAAGCACCUGUGAAAGAAGUGUCUAUUGAUAAUCACAGAUAUUUAACGUUUGCAAAAUUAACGCAGUUAAAAAAACCUGUAGAAUUAUCUACUCUUCCGCCAACAUCUAGUGCUGCUCGCCAACAUUUAUAUCGUGUCUACUACCAAGUGAAAGUAUGGCUUGGCAACGAGCUUAAUCCUCUAGAAUGGACAUUGCAGGAUAAUAUUAUAUAUUGGGACGCAGUUAAAACUCCCUUCACCUGCUCCUGAUAUUUUAUUGAACACAAUUUUUUGUAAUUGCACUAAGUGCUGCAACUUGAAAUGCGGUUGUAGAAAAGUUGGACUAUAUUGUUCACCAGUUUAUGGUAAUUGUCACGGUCAGGAACGUUUGAAUCUAUCACCCGAUAAGUUUAAUGACUGCUGAAUCCUGCUGAAGACAUAGAUCUAUCGUGUUUCUUGAUUGAAACAAUGGAAGUCAAACAAACAGAAGAAGAUAAUGAAGAGAUGGAGGUAGUAAUUAAAAUGGAAUCAGAAGAGCCAUAAUUAUUAAUAAAUAAACAAAAAUAAUUUAUUAUGUAUUCUAGAAUAAUAAUCACUUUUAACAGUAAAAAAAUUGAUAAUUUGUUCAUUUUUAUUUACCUCACUCGUUUAUUUCGUUAUUUAUCUUCAUAAAUUAAGAAUUUUUAAUCACAAAUAGACGUGGAUUAUGCCUACGGUGGACACCACUUAAAAAAGCACACUUGUACCUCAAAGGAGUGCAAUGUUUUAUGAGAAACAUAAGCAUUCAAAAAUUUUAAAUAUUUUUUUUCGAAAACUUAGUUUUACGGAAAAAAGUAGUGAUAUUUUUUUUUGUAGGCAAUUUCAUAAGCUACAAAUUUGAUAACCACUAUUUUUUCAAUAACUGUGACCGUUAAUGAGAUAUUUGCGAAAAACUAUUUUUUGUGACCUUUAACCCCGAGUAACACUUUUAGCGGCACACGGAUAAAUAGGGAUUUUGUUUAGAAUCACAAAAGGAAGGUUCAUGCAAAAAUCCAGCUUUCCCCUAAUUUUUCCGAAGUUCGGUCUUAUUUUUGUCUUUAUUCACUGUACUAAUGUUUUAUUGCGAUCUACCAUGUAGCAGUGUUUUUUUUUCCUUCUGAUAUACAGAUUAAAGUAGCGGGGAAAAAGACAGUGAUGAAUAUAAUAUGGGGUCAAGUAAUUCGAAAAUAUGGAUUAAAUAAAAUACCGCCGACUUCGAAAUUUGUUACAUGAUACUGUUGUAAUAUUUUAAUAGCAUUUUUAUAUUAAUUUGCAAUAAUUACUUUAUAUUAAAAUAUGACAGUGUGUCGGAAAUAUUUUGUCAAUUUUCUGAUAUACCUAGUAUAAUGUUCAAUAUUUUUAGUGUUCGUAUAGUGAAAGACUACAGAUGCUCAGUAUUCACUCUCUAAAGUAGGCAUGGUUUUAUGCAGUGGCCAUUUUUCCAUUAAACCGGUGUGUGUUGCAAUUUAAGUUAGGCCCUUGUGAUUUUGGGUCUGUGUCAAAGCUAAAGGGGGUAUUUUCGAAUAAAUAACUAUAGUUUCUAAUUUAUUAAUACUGCUUUUUUUGUUCCUAUUUGAGCGUACGUACCUCAUCAGUGAAUGUCCCAAAUUGUUUAAAACAAUUUAUUGUUAUAUACUUAUAUAUUUUAUAUGCUUACC